CUCCGAGGGGUCACCCCAGGUUUGUCAGCAAAGUCACCAAUGGAACCAGGAAGCAGCAGCACUGAGAAGUUUUAUAGGAUCCCCAAAGGAAAGGGACCACACUCGGUUGGAUGUACAGACCUGAUGACAGAAAAUGCAGUUGAGGGAAGCUUCUUGCGCCUAUAUUAUCCAUCAUGCAAUGCCACAGAUAAUGAGGAGGCACCAUGGAUUCCAGAUAAAGAAUACUAUCAGGGACUUUCUGACUUCCUUAACAUGUAUCGAGUUGUAGGAGAAAGGCUAUUCCAGUACUAUGUUGGUUCAGUGACCUGUCCUGCAAAGUCCAAUGCUGCUUUUAAGCUGGGAGAAAAAUACCCACUCCUCAUUUUUUCCCAUGGACUUGGAGCUUUUCGGACCAUCUAUUCUGCUAUUUGCAUAGAGAUGGCUUCUCAGGGCUUUGUAGUGGCUGCUGUGGAGCACAGAGAUGAAUCUGCUUCAGCAACAUAUUAUUGUAAAAAAAAGUCAAUCUCUGAACCACGGGAAGAGUCUACAUCAAGCCUGGAGAAGGAGUGGAUCUACUACAGGAAACUAAAAACUGGAGAGGAAGA